CCGGACCCGACCCGCCCCGAGUCCCUCGCCCCGCCCCUCGCCCUGUCCCUCCUCCACCCCACCCCUCCGUACCCGGCUCCGCCCCUGGGGCGGAUCCAGCAAGCCUGGUCGUCCGAGAGCCUGGCGAGCAGCCGGGUGGGCUGAGGGGGCGGCAGUAGCGUUGGAGCCGGGGAAGUUUGGGAGACGUGGCCCCCUCUGCGAUACUGAGCACGGUUCAAGCCCCAGGACCGUGGGGGCAGGCGGAGCCGUUUCCCGACGCCCCGGAGCCCGCAGCCGUCAUCUCGUGUCCUCUUGGCUGGUAAGGGGGCUUCUAUCUGGAAAGGGAGAUAUUUAAGUGUCUACAAUGUCAUCGGUGAAGCCCCUAGUUUACGCAGUUAUUCGUUUCUUGCGGGAACAAAGUCAGAUGGAUGCAUAUACUCCUGAUGAACAAGAAAGUUUGGAAGUUGCAAUCCAGUGUUUGGAGACCGUUUUUAAGAUCAGUCCAGAAGAUACACAUCUGGCAGUUUCACAGCCUUUGACAGAAAUGUUCACAAACUCCGUCUGUAAGAAUGACAUACGGCCGCUUUCAAACUCGGUGCCUGAGGAUGUGGGAAAGGCCGAUCAGCUGAAGGAUGAAGGCAAUAACCACAUGAAAGAAGAAAAUUAUGCUGCGGCAGUGGACUGCUACACGCAGGCAAUAGAACUGGACCCCAACAAUGCGGUUUAUUAUUGCAACAGGGCUGCUGCUCAAAGCAAAUUAAGUCACUACACAGACGCAAUCAAGGACUGCGAGAAAGCCAUUGCAAUUGAUUCAAAAUACAGCAAGGCCUACGGAAGGAUGGGGCUAGCCCUCACUGCCAUGAAUAAGUUUGAAGAGGCAGUUACAAGCUACCAGAAGGCACUGGAUCUCGAUCCUGAAAAUGAUUCCUAUAAGUCAAAUCUGAAAAUAGCAGAACAGAAGUUAAGAGAGGUAUCCAGUCCUACAGGAACUGGGUUGAGCUUUGACAUGGCUAGCUUGAUAAAUAACCCGGCAUUCAUCACCAUGGCUGCGAGUUUAAUGCAGAACCCUCAAGUUCAGCAGCUAAUGUCAGGGAUGAUGACAAAUGCCAUUGGAGGACCUGCUGCUGGAGUUGGAGGCCUAACAGACCUGUCUAGCCUUAUCCAAGCGGGGCAGCAGUUUGCACAGCAGAUACAACAACAGAAUCCGGAACUCAUUGAGCAGCUGAGAAAUCACAUCCGGAGCAGAACCUUCAGCAGCAGUACGGAAGAACACUCCUGAUUUGCCCAGGACCCUCGCCCAGUACAAACAUUCUGACCUGUACACUUGUAGAUAAUAGCCAGAAACAAAGUAACAAAAACCACCCUACACAUGUCUGAAAAUAAGGAGGAAAGUCUCCUGUGUAAACCUGAGAGAAUACAUCUGUUUAGAUAAUAGUUUACCACAAACAGAAUUGAACAUAAUCUUGACUCCUUUGGAAAGCAAUGAUCAGUGGCCUUGUUAAGGGCAAAUACAGCCUUGGAACAAGGGUCUACCCAUUUUAAAACUUUUAUCAUCGUAUUUGUAUAUUAGACUUAGUACAGAGUAUAUUUAUUGAAUAGUAGGGCUAUUUAUUGGAAAGUUCUUUAGCUGCAGGUUUCCCUAGGCAGUGGUCUCAAGAGGGGCGAUGCCAGUUUAGAAGAAAUGUGCUUGGCAGCACGUCAGGAGAGAAGCGUUGGCAUGUGCUACCAUCAGUGACACGUGUCUAUCGCAAGUGACGCUUUGAAGAUACUGUGAAUGUACAGAAAGCAAAGGUAAUACGCUCAGGUUUUCUUCAUAGAUUUUUAACUAACCUUGUCUGUAGCUUCGUGUUGAUAGCAUUCGCAUGGCCAGUUAAGUACAUAACAAAACAUACUUAGAAAUCCUUAAUGAUGCUGGUCAGGUCAGUGACACAACUGCUCCAUUUAAUUAUCACAGCUUAACUGUCACAAUUUCACUGCAGGUAAGCUUACCUAGGGCAGUAUCUAGUUACAUUUAAAGAAGCCACUGACGUGUCCCAGGUUAUGGGUUUCCUAAGUGGAAUUUAAUUAUGUGCCUAUCAAAGACGAUGAUGAUGAUGAUUAUUUUUACUUUACCAUUAUUUGAUGGCUAACAGAAGCAUCUAUCUCUAACAUUGCUCAUUUGUGUAAUCCUUUGGUGCAGUUUGGCUUGGCAUGUCAGUUCUUACGCUUUAAUUUAUUGCAAUUUAAACAUUACAGGAGACUUCAAAUAUCUUAUUUUAAAUUGGAUGCCACACUAUGCAUCUGGAACGUGGUUAGUAGGAAGAAAUGACAUGAGCUAUUAAUGGGGGCACUUGGUGCACCGAUGGAUGAGAAAGCUCAUUUCAAACGGAAUUGGCUUAUUAACCAAAAACUUGGUUGAACGGGGCUGGUGUGUAAUUACAAGUGCUGAGGGAAAGGUGAAAAAGGAAGCAAUUUAAAAUUAAUGGGGGGGGGGGGUGAGGCCUUCCAUACUGUUCUCAAAGCUGUGUGUUUAGUAUCUUGAGGUUUCAAAACUAACCUUUUCUUUUUUUGCCUUUUUCUGAGACAGUGGUUCUGUAAUUUCACUAUAAACAUCAAGUGAGGGGAAUUAAUUACAAAUUCAGGUUUAGGGUCAUAUCAUCAUGCUUGGCUUAAAUUACCAUUUUAAACAGUACACUGUGCAGUUAGGACUCAACUUUAGAAUAACAGAGGUCAGAGGUCUGUCCUCAAAUAGUCAGCUAGCACCUGGGUUCAGGCUCCCGGGGACAAAUGAGAAACACAGUUCUGGUAGAGAGCAGGGCUUAAAUAGGAGGGCCUCUGAUGUCCAACUGUGUUGUGUAAGCUGUUCCAUUCAGCAUCUAGUGUGUUCUUUGCAGAGAGAAGCACUCAUUGGUUGCAUUAAAGUUCAAACUAUGAUCAAAGAAAAUGAAAAAACUGACACUUAAGUAAAAACCAGUAAUCCAAUGUUGAUAAUCCUAGAACAUGCUUUUAGUUCAAUAAAAUUGGUGAAUCCUUGGUGUAUCAACUAGGAAACAGAAAACACAAAUUAACAACAGGAGAGAUGAAAGUGAUGGAGUGCCGUCUAGUAUGAAACCAGGGUUCCCAUCCCAUCACUGCAUUAGAAAGGAAACAAGUAGGAACAAAGAGUAGAUGCACCACGGAACAGAUCCUGGAGCUGUGCUGUUAAAGGACAACCAGAGGCACUAGGAACACAGAUCAGUCGGUAGUGCUUGCCCAGCAUGUAUGUGUGGAGCCCUGCUUGCCCCUUCCCUAGGAAUGGUGGUGUGCACCUGGAGCCCCAGCAUGCGGGAGGAAGAGUCAGGGCCAGGAAUUCAGCAUCACUCUUGGCUACACAGUGAGUAUGAUGCUAGCCUGGGCUACAUGAACCCUGUCUCAAAAACAAAAAACAAAACCCAAAACACCCCAGUAGAAAACAAAACAACCCAAACAACAACAAAACGGAUGAUUAGAAGACCUCAUGACUUGCUCUGGAUCUUUCUAUUUAACAACUUUGGGAAACAAAUCUUUGUGAAGAAGAUAAGCUGAAUAGGUCUGUCUCUGUUAAAAAAAUUUCAGUACCUUCCAGGAAAAAAAAAAUAAGGCUCAGAUUAUUUCAGUGGUCUUAGGAGAGAAUGCUAUCCCUUCUUUAUAACUUUUUUGGAAAACAGACGAGGAAGAAACAGUCCCCAACUCAUUUGAGCAGUAAUACUCUGGUGAGAAUUAACAGCUUUGGAACAGUUUCACAUGCUAACGCCCCUUGCUGAAGGCAGUUUUUCUUAUGUGAAAUACAGCAACGAGUGGAUCUUCCACUUCAUAUUUCUAGUUCUGUUCCUUUGGGAAGGAAUAGACAGCCAGAUGUUGCUUCCCAUUUCCCUGGUAUUCUUCCCCUUGUCUAGGAAAUACACUUGCUAAGAGAAACAGGGCCCUGAAUACUUCCAUACACUGUAAUUAGGAAGGCCUGACUUCCAUGAAUCCAUUUCACUGGAGUAGCUGAAGCUGUUACCGUGCUAUGCAAAAUCCAACGUGUCCUUCUUAUGGAAAUGGAAUUUUCAUUUACUGUAUCAAAUUGUCAAUCUAGUUUUUUUAUAAUAGUUGACUCAGAUCCUUUCAAAGAUGGCAUUACCUAUCCUUUAUUUAAAGUAUGAGUAGUACACAGCUAUGUUGUUUAUACACAGAAGGGACUGUGUAACUCAAAGAACAGAGCAGAGUAAGUUGUACAUUCUGACUGAAUGGAACAGUGGUUCAGUCACAAGAAGAUGCUGAUAAAUACUUGACCAGUCUGUCAUCCUAAAGGAACGGACCUCAGUUCUCACUGCUUGUAUUGUGUUUUGCACAGACAUUCAUCAAUCAUAACUAAUAUGUGGGGCAAGUCUUCUGAAUAUACCUUUCAUUUUGGACCAAACAAUUUGUCAUGGCAAUAAAUAAUUAUGCAUUUAAGAAAA